AACUUUCACAGGUCCAAACUUUUAGACCUUCAUAGGUUAUGUCUAGCUCUGAGCAUCAACACUUCCCAUACACUUGCCAGUAAGGAGGAUGUUGUCCAGAUUUGGGAGCAAAAAUGAGGUCAAUAAGGGAUACAGGUGCAUGGUUCGACUCUUGGAUGAGAACGAGGAAAUUUUAGAAUGUGACUUCCAGGGCCACCAUAAAGGACAGCAUUUGCUGGAUCAGGUGUGUGACAAAUUGAACUUGCUAGAGAAGGAUUUCUUUGGGCUGCGAUUCAUCGAUGAUGACAAGCAAAGGCAUUGGUUGGAUCCCACAAAGAACAUCCUCAAACAAGUCAAAAGCAUGAACCCUAUUGUAUUCUGCUUCCGAGUCAAGUUCUAUCCCAAAGACCCCCAUAAGCUGAAGGAGGAACUGACUCGCUAUCACCUGUUCCUUCAACUGAAGAGAGAUCUUCUUCAUGGCCGCCUGUAUUGUUCCCUUGGUGAUGCAGCUCUCCUUGGUGCCUACAUUGUGCAGGCGGAAAUGGGUGACUACAAUCCAGAUGAACAUGGGGAAAACCCUGGUUAUAUAUCUGAAUUCAAGAUCCUCCUGAAGCAGACACCUGAACUGGAGGAACAGGUGGCAUAUUUACACCAGACUGAGAUGCGUGGCCAGGUACCAGCCACGGCUGAAGCUCAUUUCCUGCGAAAAGCUUGCCUCCUUGAUACCUAUGGCAUCGAUCCUCAUCCUGUCAAGGAUUCGAGGGGGUGCCAGUUAUACCUGGGCGUAAAUCAUUCAGGGAUCAUGACUUACCAGGCAUCCCGCAAGACCCAUCACUUCAAGUGGAAUGAUAUCCAGAAGCUCAACUAUGAGGGGAAAAUGUUCAUUGUCCAUCUCACCUACAAUGAGAAAAAGCACACUGUGGGUUUCAAGUGUCCUUCAUAUGCUGGAUGUCGGCACCUAUGGAAGUGCACUGUGGAGCAGAGGAUCUUUUUUACGUAUGUUGGAAUCCUCUAUCUUGAACUGGUUGAGUCAAGUUCCCAUGCUCCAAAGGUGGUCACAGGUGGAAGUUUCUUUUCGCGCGGAUCCCGACUUCGUUAUUCAGGUAGAACAGAAAAGGAGCUUUUACAGCAUGCUGCCUCUGUGAACCGAGAUCCUCCUCUUGUGCGCAGAUCUGCAUCAUUUCAUCAUCGGCGGUUGAGCAUACCAGCUGGAGGAUUUUCAUCAGGGGAGGAAUCUGAUGGAGGAUAUCAUCGAGAUGGCCUCCCACUGAACUCCCCAUACUCAAUGAUUCAGAGAGCCAUGGCUCCCCCAAGCAUGGAGAUGAGCCAGAGUGAGAGUUCAUCACGACCCCCGCUGGAACGGGGUUCCUCGUUCCCUGACCGACCUCUUACGAGUGUAGCCGAAUCCUUCGAAUCCCCCCCACGUAGGCCAGCUGUCCCUAACCCUUCCAUUCAUGUGACAGGUGAGAUGACAUCAGAUGAGGAUAUUGGGCUGCGUAUGACAGCUCCAAAGUCAUCUCCAGGUGCUGUCCUGGGGUCAAAGGCCCUGGUCACCCUGGACAAGGCUGCUCUGGUGACAUUCAACUGGAAGAGGAGUUUCCGCCAAUCCCUUCUCCCUGCAUUAGCGCUUGCUCUGGUCUGUGUGGCAGUUGGCACUGUCUUCAUUCUGGAAUCAAACCUGGAGGCCUUGCAGGAAGUUCGCUCAUCAGCUGAAUUCACCAUUCUUCGAGACCAUUACUAUCUCCCCCUCAAGAGUUUCCUUAGCCGGCAAUUGUUUGAGGGCUAAACACAUUCACUCUUUCUUUAGUCGAGCUUAGAGCCCAAGAGCCUUAUGAUCAAUUCAAGUUGAUACCUUCAAAUUCUUACAUUCACUCCUUUGAUUUAUUCCAAUCAGAAGCUACCUAUAAUUAUUUAUAUUGUUGGGAAGUUAUGGAACUUGCCAAAGUUGUUCAUCCAUAUCUGAUUCUUAUCCCAAAUCACACUAUUUACAUUUGGUUUUUUUUUUCUGGGAGAGUCUCUGGUUUGCACUGUAGACCUACAGAGUACAUGGACCCUAUUUCCAAUUUAUGUUGCAGAGGUGGUGCCAUUUAUGAUUCUAUUUAUACCUGUGUUUGAAGUACUCCUUGUGUGAUUGUUAUUGUUUCCCUCCUUGGAUAAUGUGUGAAUUUUCCCCCCAGUUUUUUAGCUUUUGGCCUUUUUGCCCAGAUUUUUCAGAUUUUUUUAAUCUUGUAGGCUCUCAUGGGAUAUAGUCCCUCACAAUCAUCCUUAGUACUCACGGCCUGUGAUAUUUCCGGUUGUAACUCAUCUGCUAUGAUCCUAGGCCAAAGAAACCUUGGCAAAAUGAAUCUUCUUGUGAUAGAAACAGGUAUCAAAUCUGUCAAUCGCAUAUUUCACUCUUGUUAAAGGAGGAAUCUGUAUAGAACUUAUAUUUAUUGUGCUUGUUUCUUUUGUCUGCACGCAGUACAAAAGCACAAAAACUAAAAGUACUGGGAUUUGCACCCUAAUUCACCAAUAUAUGAAUCCUGAACAUCCCCAUGGUUUGCACUAAUGCUCAGUGUGAACCAAUCACAAAUGCAGAAUCUCCUUAUAACCAUAUUGUUAUGUUUAUCUCAACUUUGACUUUCUUGAUGAUGAUGCCCCUGCGUUUGUGGGAGAUCAAUAAAUUAUCACAGUGC